AUGACGCCGUCUCCUCCGGAUCACCAAGGUCUCUCUGCCAUGUGGUGGAGUGCUCGGAACCCGCCGGAGCACCCUCACGCUUCCUUCACGGGCAAAACCGUCCUCAUCACUGGUGCAAACGUCGGCUUGGGCCUCGAAGCGGCGAUCAAGUUUGCUGCACUGGGUGCCUCGCGACUCAUUCUCGGCGUCAGAUCAAUACAGCGUGGCGAAGAGGCCCGAGAGCAGAUCUGCCGACGAUCGGGUUACAAGAAUACAGACAUCCAGCUAUAUCAGCUCGAUAUGAGUACCUUUGGGUCGGUCAAAUCCUUUGCCAAACACGUGUGCGCGGACGAAUCCCGAGUCGACAUCGCUGUACUCAAUGCAGGCAUGGCGGCGCCGUCUUAUCGGCGCUCUCCGGAAGGGUUUGAGAUGUCUUUGCAGGUCAAUACUCUGUCGACCGCUCUCCUUGCGGUGCUACUCUAUCCCAAGCUUCGAGAGUCAGCAGAGAGGUCCGGCGAACCAUCCCACCUGGAGUUUGUGGGCAGUGUCGGGCACCGCAUGGUCAAGCCUGACGCAUUCGAUGCGGUGCUGGAGAGCGGCUCGAGAGUGCUAGACCUCGUCAACGACAAGACAUACUUUGACGUCCAACAGCAAUACUGCACGACCAAGCUCUUACUGAUGUAUGUCAUGGAUGGACUGGUCGCAGCAGCAACAGCAGAGCAUUCCUCGUCCGGAGGCCACAAAGACCCAGCCGUCAUCAUCACGACAUGCUGCCCGAACCUGUGCCGCACAAAUCUCGGCCGCGACUUUUCUUUCCUUCUCAACCUCCCGAACCACCUGUUCCAACUGGUCUUUGCCCGAUCCGCGGAAGAAGGGAGCAGGAUUCUUGUCAGUGGAACGACUUUAGGGAGGGAUGCGACCGGGCAGUUCUGGAGUCACGAUGUCUUUGACAAAAGAGGCGAGCUGGCGACAGGACCAAAGGGAGAAUCUUUGCGGAAGAAAGUCUGGCGCGAGAUCGUGCAGGUUAUCGGCGACGCGCUGGUGAAGCUGAAAUACCCGUUUGGGGGAUUCCUCGACGGGCUCAAGAUGUUUUCGCCUGCCGAUGCCACGACGACCGUCUUCGGCCCGGCCGUCACGGUCAAGAUGGUCGAGUCGACACAGAAAGCGGCACCAAGCCCCCCGCGCCACUUUGUCGACUGCAACAAGCCCGGCAAGAUCAUGUACAUCCAGCAGCCCCGGGGCGCGUACUCGGCGUGCUGGGGCGGGCUGAUGUCGACGCGGGCCAGGCACAUGGGCGCCGCGGGGGUUAUUAUUGAUGGCCGGAUGCGUGAUGUGCGAGAGCACCGCGAGCUGGGGUUUCCAGUCUGUUUGUCCCUGUUCUUUCUCUUCCACAGGCGGAUCGGGUACUUGGAUACCCGAUACGGGGAUACCGAGCGCCUUUCCUUGAAAUUCAGCACCAUCACAACCACCAUCACUGUCAUCAUUGAUCGUCACCGUCACCGUGACACCAGCAGUGUCUUCGCCCGAACCACCUCCAUCCUCGGCUCGCACACCUUCACGCGCGCCUCCGAGAUCAACGUCCCGCUCCAGUUCCACGACGACCUGUGGAUCCACCCGGGCGACAUCCUGGCUGGGGACGUGGACGGGGUGGUCGUCGUGCCGCCGUCGCUGGUGGAGCAGGUCGUCGCGCUGUGUCGGGAGCGGGCGGAGAUUGACGAGAAGACGUUUGCGGCGUUGAGGGCGGGCGAGGAGAUGGGGCCGACGAUCAAGAGGCUGCGGAAGGAGUGA